UUUUCCUUAUCUACACAAAACACUUGGAAAAUUUUUCAACUAAAACAUAAAUUUCUCAACUUUAAGAAAACAAAAUGCCUCCACUUACCAAGGAGGAUAAAAGUAGGAAGUUCAUGGUGGGAAGCAGUGACUCAGAGACGGAAAAUGAGGAUCUAGCCCUUGUACACUUGGUUCUCAGGAAGCUGAGUAUCAAGGAUCAAACUCUGCUCCAUCGUCAUUUUAAAAAUGUGCCCGAAGCAUUCAAUAUCCUUUGGCGGGAUCAGCAUCAACGUUUGGAUUUGGGACAAAUGCAGUGGAAACUGCACGGAUCUGACCUUCAUUUAUUUCUGCAGGACAUGCGUACUGAGUUUCGGAGCAUCCAUUUUCGCAGUGAACAGCUGCAGGAGGAGUUGAACAUUCUGGAGCAGGCGGGUAUUGAACGACUGGUCCAUGUGGACACCUGUGAGAUUUCCUGGGGUAAUUCGAUGAUCAAAAAUAUUAAUUUUCCACAAUGGCCAUUUCACGCCUUGCCAAAACUUUUAAGCAACCUGACUCAUCUUGAGAUAUAUGCUCCUGUGCAGGCUUGCUUUAUAGAACAAUUUCGAAAAUUGGAAUCCUUGAAGAUCAAUCAAGAGAUUUCUAGUUCAGCUUUGGAGGCAAUUCUGCGCAAUGAGGCGCCAUUGAUGCAAUUGCAUUUAUUGGGGGAUUUUAACUACCAACUUUUUGGAAUCUCAAAGUGUAAACACCUAAAGAACCUAUUGGUAAAUCUCCAGACCUUUCUAUCAAGUCCAAAUGAGAUCCUUCGAUUGCCGAAACUGUUGUUCUUAGAGAUCACUAAGCUCACGGAAAAUGGGGAUUCUUUAAAAGCAUUAUCCAAUGUGAUCAAAAAUAAAGGAAGUCAGCUUAAGAGUUUAAAACUUAACUGCAGUUUCAUGGAUCAGGGAAAGAACCUAUCGCAAUUGGAAUUAAAUCGCUGUCUUAGCUUGGAUGAACUGGAGUUGGUGGACUGCAAAUUUGAAGAUCAGGAAAUGACCAAACUGGGUCUUCCCGUAACCCAAAGCUAUGCCAUGUUUGGCAAUUGCCCCGACCUCAUGGAUGAUCAACUUUUGGUCUUCAUCAAGGCCAGUCCCAAACUAAAAGAACUUGUACUUAUAAAAUGCCCAAAACUGACGGAAGCUCUGCUCUAUGAUGUUGUUAAAGUGCGCAACAGUGGUGAGAAACAGGAGCCCUUGUUAAUCAGAGUUAAGAACUGCCAGGAUAUUUGGGAUACCUAUCAGAAGAACUUUUCUAGCUAUUGGGAUCGUAAACGAUCCUUAGUCAAGUUGGAAUGCAUUACAAAAGAGAGCAAGCCUAUUGAUAAUGUCCAGUUCAUCUUUCACGAUCCACUGGAAGGUCCCAGUAUUACCCAAGUGAUAGUUUGACAUGAUUUAUACAGAUUUUCAAUAGAUUUCUUUACAAAUUAAA